AUGCUCAAAACAAAAGCGCAUGUUGAGGUCGUUUCACACAGAAAUGACACACGACCAGCCAUACAUGUUGCCAUCAUGACUGAGAAUACAGAACAUUCAAGGUCCACUCCUUUUCUUACUCAUACUACAUGUCCACAACAAUUACAACAACCACUACAACAACAACAACACUCACCGUUUGUUAUACACAUACAUGCGUUUGUCAAUGACCAAUCUUCAGAGAAUGAAGUUCGAACGAGAAUUUCUCGUUGUGAACAUGAUAUUCAUCUACAUUUCUAUGAGACCAAGAGUUUGGAUGUGAGCAUGUCGACCACACAUUAUUCGGGUUCGUCUGCUUCUAAAAAAUUAAAAUUUGUUGAAUUCUUUUAUGGGACGUUGGAACAUGUCAUCUUGAUGGACACAGAUGUGCUUCCCUUGUUUGGUUUUGAUGACUUGUUCGACUUGUGGAGUGAAUUUAACAAGUUUAAUUCAAGUCAAAUGUUAGGUAUUGCACAAGAACAAAGUGAUUUUUAUGGUACGAAAACGGCCUAUAAUUCAGGAAUCAUGUUGUUGUCCAUUAAAAAACUCAUGGAACAAGGAAAUUGGGUACAAAAGAUGAGAGAAGAAACUUUAUCGUCGUCACCCAAUCCGAAUGCAGAUCAAGAUGUGAUCAUUCGAUUAUUAGAGAAGAAUUCAUCGUGGAAAUAUGAAUUGGAAUGUGGAUGGAAUUUUCAAUUUAUUGGAUUUGUUUCUCGUGGAUUUAACUGUCAAACAUGUAUUCGAAUUGCACAUUUCAAUACAUGUAAUGCAAGAGGACGACCAGAAUUUGAGGUCUAUAAGAAUAUGACCAUUGCUCAUAAUCAGCGUGUUUGUGAUUCGAGAAAGGUGUUGUCACAGCAAACGAGAAAAAGUUUUGCAACGUUGGGAAAUUAUUGUCUUGGAGUUUAA